UAAAAGGUGCUGACAGGUGUUCUCACCUCAGGAUAACAUUAGGUCGAUCAAGGAUGUGGACGCUCUUCUUUUUGAGUGCCUUGUUGGGGGUGUUGGGGUCAGAGGAAACGCCCUCUGGAGCAGCUCAGCAGCUUCAGGCUCUUCACUGCCCGCCCUGCGAACAGAUACACUGCUCCACCCGGCAGCCGCUGAAGCUCCAGUGUAAAGGUGGUGUGACGACAGGUGUAUGCGGCUGCUGCCCUGUCUGUGCCAGAGCAGUGGGGGAGACCUGUGGAGGAACAUGGGACUAUCUGGGCAAGUGUGAUGAGGGGCUAGUGUGUGUUUACCAGGACUCAGCAGCUGACAAACCAGAUGCAGAGCGCAAAGGGAUCUGUGAAGCAGUGUUUGAAUCCUCAGAUACAGAGAUCUGUCAUCCAGAGUGCACCAAGGAACACUGUCAGGCCAACCCCUCUGAAAUCUGCUCUGCCAGGUUUGUGUCUCUGGAGAAGACUGCGUGCCAGGGCUCCUGCCAACACACCUCCUGUUCAAGCUGUCUGCUGCUGACACCCCCAUCAUGCCCUCAGACCUGCACCUCCUCUGAUUCUUCCUGUCUACACCGCUUUGGGAAGUGUGUGCACAAUCACCUGACAGCGACUCAUAAUGCUGUAUGCCACAACAACCUACAGAGAACUCCUGAGGGGCAUUUUCUGUGUUUGGUUCCGGCCUGUGGAAACGCAUCGAAGUAAUUCCCUUUGUAAAGAGAGGAAACCCAGAGGAAACUAGCUCAUGUAGCAAAAAGGAAAAAGGCAGCUAUCUAUAAACUUUGUGUAUAACUUGAAAAUUCUUCACCCAAAAAUCACAUUUUGUAUGCAGUGUAAACCUGAAUAAAAACCUGUGAAAUUGUAUGUAUUUUAAAUUGUGAGCAAUAAAAAUUCAUGUCAUACCGUA